GUUCUCCCAUUCUUUUUUCUUUAAAUAACUUGUGUUCUUCUUCUCUUCUUCCUCCCCUUUACUUUUUCUCCCUCUCUCACUUCACACUUCUUCUCCUUCUUAGAGAGAUAGAGAAGAUGGUGUUAGGAAAGCGUCAUGGAUCACUGAUCAAGAGAACAACAAGCAUGAAGAUGAUCACACUCGAUACCCCCACGAUCUACGACGCAUCUCAGCCGUCCGAUCAUCUAACCCUUCAUCAACAUCCUCAUAAUCCGACGGUGGUGAUGGCUACUAACUACGAUGAUUUCUUGAAGACUUGUACUCUCUGCAAUCGAAGUCUCUGCCAUCAUCGUGACAUUUACAUGUAUAGAGGGAACAACGCAUUUUGUAGCUUAGAAUGCAGGGAGAAGCAAAUUAAGCUGGACGAGAGAAAAGCGAAAACCGGCUUCAUAUCAUCGAAGAAACCAAUUCGUAUUUAAUUGAUCAUCUAUGAUCUACAACGAUAACGAUAGUCUUUCCUUAUGAGUAAAAUGAUGAAUAUGUUUGCGUUUUGUAUAAAAGAAUUAAUGAUGGAAAUUAUGAGAAACAAAUAGAAGAUGAGACUAAAUGAUUGUAGUGAUCAUGUAAUAAUGUGACUUCAUAAGC